AUGGAAGGAAGUAAGAACAAGGAUGACCUGGUGCUGAAAUGGAAUGUCUCCUUCCCUUGUGAAAAAGUUUCUGGGAAUCUAGGAGGAAAGGAGGAAGGAAAAAACAGUAAGAAAUUGCAAGAAGCAUCCCAGAGCUCCACUCCAUAUUCUUCUCCAACUUCCUAUUGGCCUACAUCCUCAUUUCGGACCCCAGAGAAGAUGAUUGAGCCUCAGUCCCCAUUGACUAGUGUGGCUCCUGAGGGGAUGCCACUGUGGAUCUGCAGUCAAGCUACACCCCCUCACAGCAAUUCCAGAGAUAGUCCUGACCAGACAGCAGACGUCUCCUUGCUACAGAGUCCUUUGUCACGACCUUUAAAUGACAUUUCUAGGAUCCCAGAAAUAUCCUGGAAAAAGCUGCAACUUUGUGAUUCGCCGUGUACCCCCAAGACUCUGCUAACAAGUAAUAUAUGUUCUUCUGGAAAGCCAUUUACAAGAAGUUCUAAGCACUCCCGAUUUAUACCUGCCAUUAGCACAUACCAGAUACCUUCAUCAGAUCAGGUCAAUGUGAACCCUUUCACCCCAGAAUCCUACCGGAGGAUGGUUUCUCAAUCCAGCGGCAAGAGGAAAAUAAGAGGAGAGCUAGAGGAAUCUGACUUCUCUGAAGACAAUGGAGUGCAAGGACUGCCUGCCAAGAGAUGUGUCAUAAGAGAAAGCAACAUGGUGUCCCGCUAUGAAAAAGAAUUCCUGGAGUUAGAAAAAAUUGGGGUAGGAGCAUUUGGCUCUGUCUACAAGUGCAUCAAGAGGCUGGAUGGAUAUAUUUAUGCUAUUAAACGCUCAACGAGACGUUUGGGAGGAUCCUCAAAUGAAACCUCAGCUUUGCGAGAAGUUUAUGCACAUGCAGUGCUUGGACAGCAUCCCCAUGUUGUCCGUUACUAUUCUGCAUGGGCAGAGGAUGACCAUAUGAUCAUUCAGAAUGAGUAUUGCAAUGGUGGGAGCCUGCAGGCCGCUGUGUCUGAAAAUGAGAAACUUGGCCAUUUCUUCCAAGAGCCAGAACUCAAGAAUAUGCUCCUGCAGAUCUCCAUGGGGCUGAAGUAUAUCCAUCACUCGGGUCUGGUACACCUGGACAUCAAGCCCAGUAACAUCUUCAUCUGUAAAAAACAAGAAGAUGAUGUCCUGUAUGUCUCAGAAGAAGGGGAGAAUGAAGAUGACUGGUUCCUAUCUGCUAAUAUGAUAUAUAAAAUUGGUGAUCUGGGCCUUGUAACUUCAAUCCAGAACCCCCAAGUAGAGGAGGGAGAUAGUCGCUUCUUGGCCAAUGAGAUUUUACAAGAGGACUAUCGCUACCUGCCCAAAGCAGACGUGUUUGCCCUUGGAUUGACAAUUGCUGUGGCUGCAGGGGCAAAGUCGUUACCAGGCAAUGAUGAGCCUUGGCAUCAUAUCCGUCGAGGCAACCUUCCAGCUCUCCCACAGAAGCUCUCUGAAGACUUUUACACCUUACUUAAGUUUAUGAUCCAUCCUAAACCAGAGGAGAGACCUACAGCAGCAGCUUUGGCUAGGAACACAGUCCUCAGACCCUCUUUGGGUAUAACUGCAAAGCUUCAGAAAGAGCUGGACAGAGAAAAGUCCAAGACAGCUGAGUUGGAGAGGGAACUGAAAGAAGUUCAUCUUGCCCAGAGCCACCAAGAAGAAACCAGUGAACGCUCUCUUGGAUCACUUGGGUUCUUUGCCAAAACUGGGUCAAGUAGCUCCAGUAGAUUGGUGGGAGGGAAAACCAAAAGGUCACAUAGUUUCACCUUUGGGAAAUCUGAGUAA